CUAAAAUCAAUGGUGAUAUAAAUGACUGCAGGAUGCAAUGUACCAACGCCAGCUACACUCCUUGUAGCUCCGGUCGGUCAGCCCUGGUGUUUACAUUUGUUGAAGAUUUAAGCACGAACCCAACAAAAAAGUACAUAGAAAACGAGUGUCUUACAACAACCAAAGACAAAAGCAAGUUUGUUGUCAGUGACUGCAAUGAAGACAAUUUAUAUGGAUGUAACAAUAAUUCAUUUGUUACAAUAAAACUAUCUUGGUAUGCAUAUCAAGAAAAAUGCUUGGAAGACAAAAGUUUCAUACUGUACCAAAAAGAUACAAUACCAAAAAAGGCUGCUGCAGAAAAAUAUUAUUGGACUCCGAUUUUUAGAACACAUACAGUUGUUACUGGUAAACUUACCAAAGAAGAUGGAGAAUCGUGUCUUGCAGUGUCGACAGUGGAAACGAACAAUUAUUUAACUGUGGAAAAUUGUACUACUAGGUUGCCAUUCUUAUGUUCAGAAAAAGUUAAAAGAAACGCAUUCGAUAACAGUACACCCAAUAAAAGUCCACGCUUCGUAACUCUUCCUUUAGCUGAUUGA